GGCCGGCGCAUCCGGCGGCGCGUACUUCCGCAUUGACCCAAACACAAAACCCUACCAUGGCAACGGCGCGACUUUGUGCCGUGUUACUGCUCGUUUGCGCGAAUUUGGCGGACGAGGUGAAGCCGAAACGCGAGCCGGCCACGAAACCUUCCCGACUGUUCGUCGAAGAGGAGCUGCGGAGGCACGACGGCGGCGAGGACGGACAGCCCAUUUAUAUGGCAAUAAAAGGAGUUGUGUUCGACGUCACCAAGGGGAAAGAGUUCUAUGGGAAAGGCAUGCCCUACAAUGCUCUGGUGGGUAAAGACUCCACAAGGGCUGUGGCUAAGAUGUCCCUGGACCCAGCAGACCUGACAUCUGACACUACUGGCCUUACAGAAGAUGAGCUGAAGUCACUGGACAGUAUAUUUGAGGGCACGUACAAAGCAAAGUAUCCCAUUGUGGGAUACACAGCAUCACGACUCCUCAACAAGGAUGGAAGUCCCAAUGAAAACUUUGAACCCGAAGACCAGCCUCAUUUUCAAAUCAAAGAUGAGUUUUAAUGGGGGGUUUUUUAACCUCUUUGGUACAGGUCAG